UAUUGUUGAGGUGGCAUAGGUCCUAAAAACGGCCGAAAUAACUAAACAAGCAGUGGAUUCAGAACGUGGGACUGGAAGUAGUAAGCAUUUGAAGAUGACUAACGAGUCUUCUCCUAAUGAUGGCAAACCAAUUGUUGAAGGACAAAUGUCCCGCUCCUCCUCAUCUUCAUCUGCUUCAUCUUUUGAUCCUUUGAUGGACUCAGACAGAGAAAAGGAAGAUAGUCCUAGUUCGCCAAGUGCAAAAGUCGUCAUAUCACCUGAAGUUUCUGCUCAGACUCCAGAGUGGAGCAUGGUAAGUGCGUCGCCAAAGGCUGAAGCGGGACCCUUGUCAUCACCCGAGAUUUCUCCAAAGCAAUCCCCUCCUAUACAAACAAUGGGACGACCUGGCUCAGACUACGACCCAGAGAGAAUUCCAUCAUCCAUUUUCUCUAGCAAACCCACCACGCCUAUGGAAUGGAGUGUCGCUUCGAAUGAGUCAUUGUUUAGUAUUCACAUGGGGAACAACAGUUUCUCCAGAGAUGCCAUGUUUUUGAGCAAGUCUGGUGAACUACUCAAGCCCGAUGAGUUGUGCAAAAUUACAUCUAGCACACAACCUAUUACAGAGACCAAGUCCGGUGAAUUGAACAAUCCAUCUAGCCUGGCCACGGUAAAUGAAGUAACAGCUGACAAUCAAAGAAAGAGUGAUAGUACAAGCGACGAGUCUGGAGUAAAAGAAGUGGGAGAUGGAACGCCAAAGGUGGUUACGAAGGAAACAUCAGAAGAUCAUAGCAAAGAAAGCACACCGCCUGCUGAGGGGUUUCAUUUUUCAACGAGUGCUUCGAAAGCUUCAGAUGGUAAAGAAAUGCUUCCUCCCGAUGGUGCACGUAAUUCUGGGAGCACCGCUCGCCUUUCUGACGAGAGUGGCAAUAGCAGUAGAUCUUUCGCAUUCCCAGUAUUGACAGGUGGAAGUGUUGGAACUGGCUCGGCAAAGGGGGCUCCAGAUAUUUCACAGUCGAAGCCCCCUGAAGCACAGAAGCCAGAGCCACAAGGUGGUGAAGCAGUGACCCCAAAAGCCGAACCUCCUGCUCAAACAAGAUGGUUCCCUUGCUUCUCUUGUUGCCCACUUUGUUGUUGAGACAAAAGCUUGUUCGUGUUUCAUAAGAAUCAACAAUUGAUCCCCCCAUCACUCAAAACGCAUGCCUGUGUUUGGAGACAUGAAGUUGGGACUCCCGUUCAUGGAAGGCUUAUCACAUUUCUUUAGGCAUAGCGAGUCCUGUCUAAUUGAGAAGUUUUAGAGUUUGUGACUAAUUAUUGUGUUUCUCUAUCGGUGUUGGGGCACACAGCUUACUUCAUGUGUUUGGAUCACAAAAAGCAGUUGGACGAUGAAAGAAAAUUGCGUUCAACUGUGAAUUUGAUGUAGAAACUUGGACAGGUCACUUAGUGUAAAUUUGCCUUG